GCCCCGAUGAUCUGUCGACUGCGAUCUUGCGCCGUAAGGACAGGCCCAAUCGUUUGAUCGUGGAAGAAGCCGUCAGCGAUGACAACUCCGUCGUCGCAUUAUCACAGGCUAAAAUGGAGCAACUUCAACUGUUCCGCGGCGACACGGUGCUCCUGAAGGGAAAAAGGCGCAAGGAGACAGUGUGCAUCGUGCUCUCCGACGACAACUGCCCCGAUGAGAAAAUCCGCAUGAAUCGCGUUGUGCGAAAUAACCUGCGCGUGCGUUUGUCCGAUGUCGUCUCAAUAGCGCCUUGCCCAUCUGUCAAAUAUGGCAAACGAGUACACAUAUUGCCUAUUGAUGAUUCUGUAGAAGGACUUACUGGCAACUUAUUCGAAGUUUAUCUCAAACCAUACUUCAUGGAAGCGUACCGGCCUAUCCACAAGGAUGACACAUUCAUGGUCCGCGGCGGUAUGCGUGCCGUCGAGUUCAAGGUGGUGGAGACGGACCCCUCCCCCUACUGCAUCGUCGCUCCUGACACCGUCAUUCACUGUGAGGGAGAACCAAUCAAGCGUGAGGAAGAAGAAGAAGCCCUAAACGCAGUAGGCUACGACGACAUCGGCGGCUGCCGCAAGCAACUUGCUCAAAUCAAGGAAAUGGUGGAACUGCCGUUGCGGCACCCGUCGCUCUUCAAGGCCAUUGGCGUGAAGCCUCCGCGCGGUAUCCUCAUGUACGGCCCGCCUGGUACAGGGAAGACUCUGAUUGCUCGCGCUGUUGCUAAUGAAACUGGUGCUUUCUUCUUCUUGAUCAACGGUCCCGAGAUCAUGUCGAAACUGGCCGGUGAGUCGGAAUCAAAUCUGCGCAAGGCAUUUGAAGAGGCGGACAAGAACUCCCCUGCUAUAAUCUUUAUCGAUGAGUUGGAUGCCAUUGCUCCUAAGCGCGAGAAGACCCACGGAGAGGUCGAGCGUCGUAUUGUCUCGCAGUUGUUGACUCUUAUGGAUGGCAUGAAGAAAUCAUCCCACGUGAUAGUAAUGGCGGCGACAAACAGACCUAACUCGAUCGACCCCGCGCUGCGUCGUUUCGGCCGCUUUGACCGCGAGAUUGACAUCGGCAUCCCCGAUGCCACCGGCCGUCUUGAGAUCCUCCGUAUCCAUACUAAGAACAUGAAGUUGGGGGAUGAUGUCGACCUUGAACAGAUCGCAGCAGAAUCUCACGGCCAUGUGGGUGCGGAUUUGGCCUCGCUGUGCUCCGAGGCGGCUCUGCAGCAGAUCCGUGAGAAGAUGGAUCUGAUCGACCUCGAGGACGACCAGAUCGACGCCGAAGUGCUCAACUCACUCGCCGUCUCCAUGGAUAACUUUAGAUACGCGAUGACGAAAUCAUCGCCAUCGGCUCUCCGCGAGACCGUCGUAGAAGUGCCGAACGUGUCGUGGACCGACAUCGGCGGCUUGCAGAACGUGAAACGUGAGCUGCAGGAGCUAGUGCAGUACCCUGUGGAACACCCCGACAAGUUCCUCAAGUUCGGCAUGCAGCCUUCGCGCGGCGUGCUCUUCUAUGGACCGCCUGGUUGCGGUAAGACAUUGCUUGCCAAGGCGAUCGCUAACGAGUGCCAGGCGAACUUCAUCUCUGUAAAGGGUCCCGAACUACUCACCAUGUGGUUCGGCGAAUCAGAGGCCAACGUCAGAGAUAUCUUCGACAAGGCCCGCUCCGCGUCUCCGUGCGUACUGUUCUUCGACGAGCUGGACUCGAUCGCGAAGUCGCGCGGUGGCUCGGUGUCAGACGCAGGCGGCGCCGCCGACCGUGUCAUCAACCAGAUCCUUACCGAGAUGGACGGCAUGGGCGCUAAGAAGAACGUCUUCAUCAUUGGUGCAACCAACCGACCGGACAUCAUCGACCCGGCCAUCCUCCGACCCGGCCGCCUCGACCAGCUGAUCUAUAUCCCUCUACCCGACGAGAAGUCCCGCGAGGCCAUCCUGCGCGCCAACCUGCGCAAGUCGCCCAUCGCUAAGGAUGUUGACCUUUCAUACAUCGCCAAGGUAACACAAGGCUUCAGCGGCGCUGAUCUGACAGAGAUUUGCCAGCGGGCGUGCAAGCUUGCCAUCCGACAGGCCAUCGAGGCCGAGAUCCAGCGCGAGCGUACUCGGCAGCAGCAGCCGCCCGCCGCCGUCAUGGACAUGGACGAGGAGGACCCUGUCCCGGAGAUCAGUCGCGCUCACUUCGAAGAGGCGAUGAAGUUCGCCCGCCGCUCAGUGUCAGACAACGACAUCCGCAAAUACGAGAUGUUCGCGCAGACCCUGCAGCAGAGCCGCGGGUUCGGCACCAAUUUCAGAUUCCCGACGAGUGGCGGCGCGGCGGGUGGCACAGGCACGUCGGGUGGUGACCAGCCGACGUUCCAGGAGGAAGGUGGCGACGACGACCUCUACAGUUAAGCGCCUCUCGUCUCAGCCCGUCUCCGCUUUAGCGCCGGCGUAACGCUCUCCACUUCGGCGUUGAGGCGAGACCCGUGGCCAGUUCUAGGACUGACGUUAUCACUUAAGAUGUAUCAAGUAAUCCGAAUGGGUGUAUAGGACUCUGGACGUCCCGCGACGAUCCGAGGGGCGACACGGCAACCAAAUUUAUAUAAUAUUGUAUUUAUUGGAUCGCGACUUCGGCGGCAUAUACUGUAUUUGAAAAUUCACCGAUCUAUUGUAAUGUAAAUGUAUUUAUUUUCUACUUUCAAUCAUUCUGCAUUUGUUUCUGUUCCGAUGUGCUUAUGUUUAGUUGUAAUAAAGUUUGAAUGUACUGCUCGGUGUAGGCCGGGCCCGUAAGAUCAUUUGAUUUAGAGUAAUUGUUAUCUGUAUUCGCCAGAUCCUUGCGUAGGACCCGUCGGCGGGUUGGCCCGCUCGACGUCACACUUUAUCGCAGUGAUUUUUUAAUAAAAGAUUUUUAUAGACCUAAUAGUGUU